GCGGGGCGCGUCGAUCGGGCCGCGCGGCCAAUGGGCGGCGGGGGGCGGGGCCUGGCGGGCGCCGCGAGCGGGGGUUUUUGUUCGGGCCCGGCAGCCGCCAUCUUGUGAGAGGAGCCGAGCGGGGGAAGCGAGCGGGGCCGGGCCGGGCCAGCCUCAUUGAUGUCCAGCUCGCCGUUGUCCAAGAAGCGCCGCGUGUCUGGAUCUGAGCCGAAGACGGGUUCGAACUGCUCCUCUGGCAACUCCGUACAGAGUGACCCGCGCGCAGCGCCCGCCAACGGCAUGGCUAAGAAUGGCAGUGACGUCGACAUCGACGAGAGCCUGUACUCCAGGCAGCUGUACGUGCUGGGCCACGAGGCCAUGAAGCGGCUGCAGAACGCCAGCGUCCUGGUGUCGGGGCUGCGGGGGCUGGGCGUGGAGAUCGCCAAGAACAUCAUCCUGGGCGGCGUCAAGUCGGUCACCCUGCACGACACCGAGCCCGCCCAGUGGGCAGACCUGGCCUCCCAGUUCUACCUGCGGGAGGAGGACUUGGGGAAGAACCGGGCCGAGGUCUCCCAGCCGCGCCUGGCCGAGCUCAACUCCUACGUGCCCGUCAGCGUCCACACCGGGGCCCUCACCGAGGACUUUCUGAGCCCAUUCCAGGUCGUGGUUCUCACCAACUCUCCUCUGGAGGAGCAGCUGCGGGUCGGGGGAAUCUGCCACAGCAAGGGUAUCAAGAUGGUGGUAGCCGACACCAGGGGGCUCUUCGGCCAGCUCUUCUGUGACUUCGGGGACGACAUGGUUGUGACAGACACCAACGGGGAGCAGCCGCUCAGCGCCAUGAUCUCCAUGAUCACCAAGGGCUGCCCGGGGGAGGUGACCUGCCUGGACGAGGCUCGGCACGGCUUUGAGAGCGGGGACUUCGUCUCCUUCACGGAGGUGGAUGGCAUGAAGGAGCUCAACCACUGCCCCCCCAUGGAGAUCAAAGUGCUGGGACCCUACACCUUCAGCAUCGGCGACACCAGCAGCUUCUCCGAGUACGUGCGGGGGGGCAUCGUCUCCCAGGUCAAGAUGCCCCAGAAGAUCAGCUUUAAGCCCCUGAGCGUGGCGCUGGCCGAGCCCGACUUCGUGGUGACCGACUUCGGGAAGUUCGAGCACCCGGCCCAACUGCACCUGGCCUUCCAGGCCCUGCACGACUUCCAGCGCCAGCACCAGCGCCUGCCCCGGCCCCGCAGCGAGGUAGGGCCUGGCCUGUGGCGAGCCAGGGACGGACUGACGGGCGAGGGGGGUGUCUGUGUUACCGCACCGCCAGGGAGUGGGGCUGGAAAUCUCUCAGGCUCCCGAGUUGGGGGCUGGGCCCCACUGUCGAGCGCUGCUGGGGAUCUGCAUCCUCCGGGGCCCAGGGAUCCCCGUCGGGGGGUCCAUGGUGCGUGGGGGGGCUGGCCAGUGUGCCCCUGUCCUGACGCUCCCCCUCUGCCCCAGGCCUGCUCCGGGAAGUUCAUGCCCAUCACACAGUGGCUUUACUUCGACGCACUGGAGUGUCUGCCCGAGGACAGCAAGGAGGCGCUGACGGAGGAGCAGUGCCGCCCGAGGAACAGCCGUUACGAUGGGCAGAUCGCCGUGUUCGGGGCCGACCUGCAGGCCAAGCUGGGGCAGCAGAAGUAUUUUCUGGUGGGUGCCGGCGCCAUCGGCUGCGAGCUGCUGAAGAACUUCGCCCUGCUGGGGCUGGCGUGCGGGGACGGCGGGGAGGUGACCGUGACCGACAUGGACACCAUCGAGAAAUCCAACCUCAACCGCCAGUUCCUCUUCCGGCCCUGGGACGUCACGAAAAUGAAGUCUGACACCGCAGCGGCCGCGGUGCGGCAGAUGAACCCCAACAUCCACAUCACGAGCCACCAGGACCGCGUGGGGCCCGACACGGAGCGCGUCUACGACGACGACUUCUUCGAGGGCCUGGACGGCGUGGCCAACGCGCUGGACAACGUGGACGCCAGGAUGUACAUGGACCGCCGGUGCGUCUAUUACCGAAAGCCCCUGCUGGAGUCUGGCACACUGGGCACCAAGGGCAACGUCCAGGUGGUGAUCCCCUUCCUGACGGAGUCGUACAGCUCCAGCCAGGACCCGCCCGAGAAAUCCAUCCCCAUCUGCACCCUCAAGAACUUCCCCAACGCCAUUGAGCACACGCUGCAGUGGGCCCGGGACGAGUUCGAAGGCCUCUUCAAGCAGCCGGCGGAGAGCGUCAACCAGUACAUCUCAGACCCCAAGUUCAUGGAGCGCACGCUCAAGCUGCCGGGCACGCAGCCCCUGGAGGUGCUGGAGGCCGUCAACAAGAGCCUGGUGAGCGACCGGCCCCGGAGCUGGGCCGACUGCGUGGGCUGGGCCUGCCGCCACUGGCACUGCCAGUACAGCAACAACAUCCGCCAGCUGCUGCACAACUUCCCGCCCCACCAGAAGACCAACUCCGGCACCCUGUUCUGGUCAGGGCCCAAGAGAUGUCCCCACCCCCUCACCUUCGACGACAGCAACCCCCUGCACAUGGAUUACAUCGUGGCGGCGGCGAAUCUCUUUGCCCAGACCUACGGCAUCACGGGCACGCGGGACGUGGGCGCCGUGGCCGAGCUGCUGCACCAGGUGCAGGUGCCCGAGUUCACGCCCAAGUCUGGCGUGCGGAUCCACAUCUCGGACCAGGAGCUGCAGAACGCCAACGCCUCCGUCGACGAUAGCCGGCUGGAGGAGCUGAAAUCCAGCCUGCCCAACCCGGAGGACCUGCAGAGCUUCCGCAUGUACCCCAUCGACUUUGAGAAGGACGACGACACUAAUUUCCACAUGGAUUUCAUCGUGGCGGCGUCAAACCUGCGGGCUGAGAACUACGACAUCCCACCCGCCGACCGGCACAAGAGCAAGCUGAUCGCUGGGAAGAUCAUCCCAGCCAUUGCCACGACGACGGCAGCGGUGGUGGGGCUGGUGUGUCUGGAGCUGUACAAAGUGGUGCAGGGCCACAAGCGGCUGGAGUCCUACAAGAAUGGCUUCCUCAACCUGGCCCUGCCUUUCUUCGGCUUCUCCGAACCCAUCGCCUGCCCCCGCAAUAAGUACUACGACAUUGAGUGGACGCUGUGGGACCGGUUCGAGGUGCAGGGGGUGCAGCCCAGCGGGGAGGAGAUGACGCUGCGCCAGUUCCUGGCCUAUUUCAAGAGCGAGCACCGGCUGGAGAUCACCAUGCUGUCGCAGGGCGUCUCCAUGCUCUACUCCUUCUUCAUGCCGCCCACCAAGCUGCGUGAGCGCCACGACCAGCCGAUGACGGAGAUCGUGACCAAGGUGUCGAAGAAGAAGAUCGGGCGGCACGUCAAGGCCCUGGUCUUCGAGCUCUGCUGCAAUGAUGACAGCGAGUGUGACAUCGAGGUGCCCUACGUCCGCUACACCAUCCGCUAGGGGCGGGGCCUCCCCACGCCCCGCCCCCUGGGCUCACGGGGCGGGGCCUCCCCACAUCCGCCCCCCACGGUUAAAGUGAUGCAAAACAUGGACAAAAGGGCCUCCCCCCAGGAAUUGGUCUGAGGUUUGGGGCUGGGGAGGGGGGGGGGGGUCCUGCCCCCCUUCCCCGCUGGGAACCCCCCCACUGAUCCCGUUCAUGUUCUUGAGGCGCUUUAACCCCGCCCCCUUACUGUUAGUCGUGUUGUCUUGACUCCGCCCCUGCACCCCCUCCCCCCACACACUCACUUGCUCACCGAUGGGGGAUGGGGUGUCUGUUGCCCUGCGGUGCCGGUUCUGUAUGGGGGGGGGCACGGCAGCGGGGGAGCCCACCCCCUGCUGCUGGAGCCGGUGUCCGUCUGCUGCUUGCCCGGCCAGCGGUGGUGGCUGGGGGGGGGGUUAGUGCAGAACUGGUGAGAGGAAUUACUGAAUAAAUAGACGUUUGCAAAACCUG